GGGAGGAGGGGCAGACAGAGGAGCAGGGAGAACUGGGACAGCUGGGGUGCUUCGGCGGCCGAAAUUCGCGGGCCUGACAGAAGGGGAUCCUCCAGCAGGGAAGGGAAUCUGGAUUCAGAGGGAAUGGUCCCUGGGAGCAGCCAAGCCCCAGCCCAGGAGACAGUGACUUUUAAGGAUGUGGCUGUGGACUUCACCCAGGAGGAGUGGGACAUUUUGGACCAUCCUCAGAAAGAGCUGUACAAGGAGGUCAUGCUGGAAAAUGCCUGGAACCUGCUCUCCCUGGGGCUUCCAGUUCCCAGAGAAGAGGUGAUCUCUUUCAUUGAGCAAAGGGAAGUACCGUGGAUGCUGGAGCAAGAAGGUCUGAGGAGCUGCUCUCCAGAAGGAGAAUUCAGACUUGAAAUGAAGAAGACUUCUGCAGUCCUAAGCCUUUCUGUGGAAGAAACUCAGGAGCCAAGAUUCAUGGGUGAUGUUCCCUGUGACUUCACUUGGAGAGAAAUCUCUUCUCUUCAUCAGGGUAUUCACACUGGAGAGAAACCUUAUGGAUGUAAUCAGCAUAGAAGGGGUUUUAUACAGAAGGCUUAUCUUAAUGGACAUCAGAGAAUCUACACUGGAGAGAAAAGUUAUGAAUGUAAUCAGUGCGGUAAAGCUUUUCCAUGGAGGUCCCAUCUUACUGUACAUCAGAGAAUCCACACUGGAGAGAAACCUUAUGAAUGUAAUCAAUGUGGAAAGGCUUUUACACGGAGGAACUAUCUUACCCGACAUCAGAGAAUCCACACUGGAGAGAAACCUUAUGAAUGUAAUCAGUGUGGAAAGGCCUUCAGAAGCAGCUCCAAUCUUGCUGAACAUCAGAGAAUCCACACUGGAGAGAAACCUUAUGAAUGUCAUCAUUGUGGAAAGACUUUCAGAGGUAGCUCCCGUCUUGUUAAUCAUCAGAGAAUCCACACUGGAGAGAAACCUUAUGAAUGUAAUCAGUGUGGAAAGGCUUUUACACAGAGGGCCAAUCUUACCCUACAUCAGAGAAUCCACACUGGAGAGAAACCUUUUGAAUGUAGUCAGUGUGGAAAAGCUUUUAGAGAGAGCUCCAGUCUAGUUAUACAUCAGAGAAUCCACACUGGAGAAAAACCUUGUGAAUGUAAUAAGUGUGGUAAAGUUUUUACACAAAGGUCUAACCUUAGAGUACAUUGGAGAAUCCACACUGGAGAGAAACCUUUUGAAUGUAAUCUGUGUGGAAAAGCUUUUAGAGAGAACUCCAGUCUGGUUAAUCAUCAGAAAAUCCACAGUGGAGAGAAACCUUAUGAAUGUAAUCAGUGUGGUAAAGCUUUUGUAAGGAGGGCCCAUCUUACUGUACAUCAGAGAACCCACACUGGAGAGAAGCCUUAUGAAUGUAAUCAGUGUGGAAAGGGUUUUACACAGAGGGCCAAUCUUACCCUGCAUCAGAGAAUCCACACUGGAGAGAAACCCUUUGAAUGUAAUCAGUGUGGAAAAGCUUUUAGAGAGAGCUCCAGUCUAGUUAAACAUCAGAGAAUCCACACUGGAGAAAAACCUUGUGAAUGUAAUAAGUGUGGUAAAGCUUUUACACAAAGGUCCAACCUUAGAGUACAUUGGAGAAUCCACACUGGAGAGAAACCUUUUGAAUGUAAUCGGUGUGGAAAAGCUUUUAGAGAGAGCUCCAGUUUUGUUAAUCAUCAGAAAAUCCACAGUGGAGAGAAACCUUAUGAAUGUAAUCAGUGUGGUGAAGCUUUUAUAAGGAGGGCCCAUCUUACUGUACAUCAGAGAACCCACACUGGAGAGAAACCUUUUGUACUGUUAAUGGAAUAGGAAGAUCUUUCCCAUCCGUUAAAAGGCUUAUGUGACCUGCUUUGAAUCUGAGUAACUGGAGGCUGUGGUGGGAAGACCUUACUGAACUUGUGGUGCAGGAAGAGUGGGUGAGGCACACCUAGGAAAGAGAGCAGGCAGAGAGUUAGAGAAGCCAGUGGGAGUGAGACAGAGGGGAAUUUUGCCUAAGAGAGCUUGUUUGUGGGCAGCCUGACAGAGAGAAGGCUUGGGGAUGGCGGUGCUCCCUGCAUUGGUAAUGUGUACCAAUUUCUUUGUUACUAUGGUGGAUUUGGCUUUCUGGUAUCAGAAUAAAUAUCUUGGUUUCAUCUUUG